GCUUUGCAGCAGCAUCAGAGAUUCAUGGGACAUCUUGCAUUGCAGUCAGGGGCGGACAGGAAAUAGGUCCCUGGUUAGAAAGGCACUGGGACGGGGAAGCGGAGUUUGGUUUACAAACAGAGAGAUGAACUGUUGGUGCAGAGCUUGACUGAAACCCAGAGGAUGAGCUGGUGCUGCAGUGGUGACCAAGGUUUAUGGCUCAGUGGUAGAGGCUGUAGUGCUCUGGUUCCCUGUGUCUUUAUUUACAUUCUGGUCUUGCAGCCCUCAGAGAAGGAGACAGGACUGUAAAUAUCAGUAACGCUUUUUUGAGGGCAGACACUGCAAGUUUUUAAGUGUGAGAAACAGCCCCUACAGCAGACUUUGUGAAAUUCAGUCUGCUGCAAGUUUAUUGAAAAGGAACAGAAUGGCGGCAAAGGAGAAGUUGGAGGCAGUGUUAAAUGUGGCCCUGAGGGUCCCAAGCAUCAUGCUCUUGGAUGUCUUGUACAGAUGGGAUGUCAGCUCCUUCUUCCAGCAGAUCCAAAGAAGUAGCCUCAACAACAAUCCCCUUUUCCAGUACAAGUACUUGGCCCUCAACAUGCACUAUGUGGGUUACAUCAUAAGUGUUGUGCUCCUAACCUUACCUAGACAACACCUGGUUCAGCUCUACCUGUACUUUCUGACUGCACUGCUGCUGUAUGCUGGGCAUCAGAUCUCCAGGGAUUAUGUUAAGAGUGAGCUGGAGUCAGGAUAUGAAGGGCCAAUGUAUUUAGAACCUCUCUCCAUGAAUCGUUUCAUGACCGCCUUAAUAGGUCAGUUGGUGGUAUGCACCCUGUGCUCCUGCGUCAUGAAAACCAAGCAGAUCUGGCUCUUUUCUGCUCACAUGCUCCCUCUGCUGGCACGACUCUGCCUUGUGCCGCUGGAAACCAUUGUGGUCAUCAACAAAUUUGCCAUGAUUUUCACUGGCUUGGAAGUGCUCUAUUUUCUGGCAUCGAAUCUUCUGGUACCAUACAAUCUUGCAAAAUCUGCAUACCGAGAGCUUGUCCAGGUAGUGGAGGUGUAUGGUCUCCUGGCCUUGGGGAUGUCUCUAUGGAACCAGCUGGUGGUCCCCGUUCUAUUCAUGGUGUUCUGGCUUGUCUUAUUUGCUCUUCAAAUCUACUCUUAUUUCAGCACACGAGAUCAGCCUGCCUCAAGAGAGAGGCUUCUCUUCCUCUUUCUGACAAGCAUUGCGGAAUGUUGCAGCACUCCAUAUUCACUCCUGGGGUUGGUGUUCACGGUCUCCUUCGUUGCUUUGGGAGUUUUGACUCUCUGCAAGUUUUACUUACAGGGCUACCGAGCAUUCAUGAAUGACCCGGCUAUGAAUAGGGGGAUGACAGAAGGAGUUACUCUCCUGAUCUUGGCAGUGCAGACUGGUUUAAUCGAGCUUCAAGUUGUCCAUCGGGCAUUCCUGCUUAGUAUUAUUCUCUUCAUUGUGGUAGCAUCCAUCCUUCAGUCCAUGCUGGAGAUUGCGGAUCCCAUUGUUCUGGCACUAGGCGCUUCAAGGGACAAGAGCCUGUGGAAGCAUUUCCGUGCAGUCAGCCUGUGCUUGUUCUUGCUAGUGUUCCCAGCAUACAUGGCCUACAUGAUUUGUCAGUUUUUCCACAUGGAUUUCUGGCUGCUGAUCAUUAUCUCGAGCAGUAUUCUAACCUCCCUCCAGGUGCUUGGAACGCUUUUCAUUUACGUUUUGUUUAUGGUUGAGGAGUUCAGAAAAGAGCCAGUAGAAAAUAUGGACGAUGUAAUUUACUAUGUAAACGGCACGUACCGGCUGCUGGAAUUCCUGGUGGCUCUCUGCGUCGUGGCAUACGGCGUCUCGGAGACUAUCUUUGGAGAAUGGACUGUGAUGGGCUCAAUGAUCAUCUUCAUCCACUCCUAUUAUAAUGUGUGGCUCCGGGCCCAGUUGGGAUGGAAAAGUUUUCUUCUCCGCAGGGAUGCUGUGAAUAAGAUCAAAUCGCUGCCCACUGCCACAGAGGAGCAGCUGGAGCAACACAAUGAUAUCUGUGCCAUCUGCUACCAGGACAUGAAAUCUGCUGUGAUCACACCAUGCUGCCAUUUUUUUCAUUCUGGUUGUCUUAAGAAAUGGCUGUAUGUGCAAGAGACCUGUCCUUUGUGCCACUGUCAACUUAAAAACCCCUCGCAGCCACCAGGGCUGGGACCAGAGCCAGCUCCACAGCCAAAUCCUGGAGCAGAGCAAAAUACUGUUCAUCAAGAAGCAACUGAACAUCUUGGUGUUGAACACCAGGAGGAGAGAAAUCUAAAAGAGAGUCCUAGUGACAGUAACGGACAGGUGGCUGAAGGGCCAGAUCACCAGAAGCACUCUCAUAACACCAAGAAUGAUUCUCAGAGUCUGGAUUGUGACACUUGCCCUUUUGAGGACAACCAGAAGGAGAUUAUUGUGGAGGAACCGACUGGAGGCCAGGAGGAGGUUCUCACUCAGGACCCGAGACUUUCUAUCCAGUUUUGAAGUGG